AUGAAGAAGUGCGAACAUCAGAAUGAGCUGCCCUAUCUUGAUUGCCUUUACUCUCCAAGUCAUUGGUCGAAAUCCCCUCCAAAUCAUGUUAUUGAUGACCAUAUGACAGCAGUACAGCAGUGCUUUAGACGUAUCAAAGAGUGUGUCCCGGUGAAGUUUGAUGUGCCUUACGGAGAUACCGAAAGACAAAAGGUGGAUAUUUGGGGUGAUGAAGAUAAGUCCCAAAAAGCUGUUGUACUUUUCCACGGUGGAUAUUGGGUUGCGGAAGAUCGUAAGGACUUGACAGCACCCGUAAAACCACUGGUCGAUAACGGGUAUGUAGUAGCGUGCGUUGGUUACGAAUAUGCUACUGGCGGGCAGUUACUCGCCUGCGUUAAACAGGCAGCUAAAGCAUUGCAAUUUCUUCAAAUGCGGUGGUCAGAAAAGAAGCUGGCUGCUGGCGGAUUCUGCGCUGGAGCUCAUCUGGUUUGCUCAGCAUUACGUUUCUUACCAGCGGAUCAUUUAUACAGAAAACUGAUCUUAAUAUCUAUGAUUUGUAAACUACAAGAACUUCCACAAACGUAUAUCGGUCGGGACAUCAGUCUUACAGUAGAAGAUGCGGAAGAACUGAGCAUAAAAAGCCUUAGAAAUUUCAAUGGAUCAGUAUUGAUAAUCUAUGGUUCGAUGGAUACGCCGAACUUUAUUCGGCAGAACAAUGAACUAGUUGAAGUCCUUCGUCAUUCCGGUCUUAAUGUUACUUUAAAGGUCGUUGAUAACGAGGAUCACUUUUCACUGAAUCACAGCUUUGCAGACAGCAGUUCUGCAGCAAUGAAGGCAGUAUCGAACUUUUUAGACAGUGAAUGA